CAAUAAACUUUUCAAUUACAUAGUAUGUAUUCAUAAACGAAACUUAGGACCUAAUAAAAGGUUACGAUUAAAUUGAAAUAAUUAGAGAAUGUCGUCGAAGAUAUUAUACAAAGAUUGCAGAGAAAGCUCGGCAUCUGGUGUUCGCAGCUGAGUAUUAUAUUAAGAGAAACAGAAGAGAGAAACUUCAGGGAGAAGAGAAAGCCAUCAUCGGACAAUAAUCGCUUUUAUGGGUGUUCGUGUGGUGAACCGUGAUAUUAGAUAGCAGCCAAGUGCGCAGAACCACAGUCCUCAAAUCGCACAACACUCAACAUACUCGCCGGUUACUUGAAAACUCUUCCUCUUUUUCCUAUCUCGUUGCUACGUGAGAACAAAUAUAGUAACGUUGGACUCUGUAGCAUAACACGUUUACUAUCUGGUCUUACUCCUCGAGAAGUCGGUUAAUAUUUUCUGAUGGAACGUUUAAGCUUUAGGUGCUACGGGCUUUUCUUUGCUUUUAAAACUGGUGGACGAAGUGGAGGGUAUUUUGCGACGAUUGUGAUAUGCGAGAUUUUAAGGAUUUUAGAAAUGCGACAGCUCGUGAAAUCACGUUCGGCAGGAGUAGUAAAAGAAGAAGAGCUUUUUGAACUUCCAUGGCGUCCACAACGUUACUAUCAAUUGUUCCAUGACGAAGCGAAUAAGAAGAGGAAUAGAAGUACAUCGAAAGAAGAGAGGAGAAGCUUUGUAUGCGGAUUACGAAUUCGCAAGAACCGUCAAUUUACUCGAACUCCAAAGUGGUAUGGUUCUUGCAAGUAUAUGCGUGUGUGUGUGCGUGUGUGUAAAGCAGUUUGUGCACGUAUGCGUGGUCCUUAGAUUUCCUCGUAAAACCAGGACGAGAGUGGGCCUCAACCAAUGGCAGUGGAGGCAUGGCGCUCGAGGUGUGAAUUAUACAUGAGAAUAUAUCCUUCCGCACCCUUUCUCCAUCUCCGUUGCACCCUCUUUCUCCGACUCCUCGUCCCCUUUCACUCUAUUCGACCUUUCGCUAACCAAUGGUUAUCUCUUACCCUUAUUUGCGCCUCAUUUACAUACGACCAUAUGCUCGUACGUAUGCAAAAUGUAUCAACCCACCGUCGGUGUUCACGGGGGAUACAUGGAGAAUAUUUUUCGAUCGUGGAAGAUGGAGAUGCGUAACAGAAAACGAACCUAUUUUUUCAAUUGAUCGGAAUCGCUUUUAAAUAAGAGACUUGGAUUAUGAUUGAUGCUUUUUGAUCUUGCAAUACGGUAGAUAGUGGAGGGUAUAGGAUUAUUUUGGGUAAGGGUGCACAGGUAACAUUUACAUUUCUGAAAUUUGUAAAUUAUUUUUGAAGUUUCGGAUUUUCGAGCUUUCAAGUUUUCGAGUUUCA